AUGAGAAUAAGGAGAAGAGAAGAAAGAGAGAAUCAAGAAUUCAAGAAAGGUUUAUGGACAGUUGAAGAAGACAACAUCCUUAUGGACUAUGUUCUUACUCAUGGCACUGGCCAAUGGAACCGCAUCGUCAGAAAAACUGGGCUAAAGAGAUGUGGCAAAAGUUGUAGACUGAGAUGGAUGAAUUAUCUAAGCCCUAAUGUGAAUAAAGGCACUUUCACUGAACAAGAAGAAGACCUCAUUAUUCGUCUCCACAAGCUCCUCGGCAAUAGAUGGUCUUUAAUAGCUAAAAGAGUACCGGGAAGAACAGAUAACCAAGUCAAGAAUUAUUGGAACACUCAUCUCAGCAAAAAACUCGUCGGAGAUUACCCAUCCGCCGUCAAAACCACCGGAGACGACGAAGACUCUCAGCCGUCAUUGUUCAUCACAGCCACCACAACUUCUUCUCUUCAUCAUCAACAAGAAAAUAUCUACGAGAACUUAGCCAAGAGCUUCGACAACGUUGUAUCAGCUUCGUACGAGGAUAAACCAAAACCGGAACCAGACCAAACUGAUGUCUUAGUGGCAACUACUAAUGAUCCAAGUCAUUAUUAUGGUAAUAACACUUUGUGGGAUCAUGAAGACGAGUUCGAGUUGAGUUCACUUGUUAUGAUGAAUUUUGCUUCUGGUGAUAUUGAGUAUUGCCUCUAAGUUUAAUUAUUGCUUUUUUGUUUUUU